CUCAGCUCAGUUCUGAUCAGUUCUCAGAUCCUUCAAUGGAUUCAGAAUCUCAUCAGAUUCAAGAAGAAAUAGAAGCAUGCAAUCAUGCCUUAAAAAUAGGUAGCAUGGCUGUUCUUCCCAUGACUCUCACUACAGCUAUAGAACUCGGCUUGUUCAAGCUUCUCUCUGCUGCUGGGCCUGGAGCACAGCUUUCAGCAGAAGAGUUUGCAGCUAAGCUGAUUAAUGAUUCUACAAGCGAUUAUACUGCUUUGAAGCUUGAGAGGAUUCUUCGUCUUCUUGCUAGCUAUUCUGUUUUAACUUGGUCGACUGAGACUGAUUCCCAUGGCCGCACUGUUCAUCGCUUUGGUGCUUCUCCAGUAUGCAAGUUUUUAGCUCCUAAUGAAGAUGGAGUUUCUUUAGCUGCACUCGGUCUUAUGAGCACUGAUAGGGUCGCCAUCGAAAGCUGGUAUCACCUAAAGGAUGCAAUAUUGCAUGGAGGAGUGGCCUUCAACAGAGCUCAUGGUGGACUGAAUGAAUUUGAAUACCAUGCUACAGAUCCAAGAUUCAGCAAAGUUUUCAAUGAGGGAAUGAGAAGCCAUUCUAUCAUAAUCAUGAAGAACAUUCUGAAAAUUUAUAAGGGAUUUGAGGAUAUCAAUGUGCUUGUUGAUGUAGGUGGUGGAACAGGAGGAACACUCAGUAUGAUCACUGCAAAGCAUUCUCAUAUCAAAGGGAUUAACUUUGAUCUUCCUCAUGUUAUUGCUCAAGCACCUUCUUUGCCAGGAGUGGAGCAUGUUGGUGGAGAUGUGUUUGAAAGCAUUCCAAGUGGAGAGGCUUUGUUGUUGAAGUGGGUUCUUCAUGACUGGGGCGACGAGGAUAGCCUGAAGAUUCUGAAGAACUGCUGGAAAUCAGUUCCAGAAAAUGGCAAAGUGAUAGUUAUAGAUUCCUUUCUGCCUGAAGCUCCAGACUACACAGAUCUGACACAUUGCGUCCUGAACACUGACGUGAUAAUGCUUCUGGAGAGUCCCAGUGGCAAGGAGAGAACAGAGAAAGAGUUCAGAGAGUUGGCCAAACUCUCUGGAUUUUCAGGUUUCAAUGUUAUCUGCAACUUCUCCAAUGCUUGGAUAAUGGAGUUGAGCAAAUAGUUCACCGCAGCUUAUUAUUUUUGUUUGGGACAACUUUUUUAUUGCUUCUUAAAAUUGUUUUUAGUAUAAAAAGUUAAUUUUUUUGUACUAAAAAACUGUUUUAAGAAGCAGGAAGAAAGCCGUCCCUUGCGGGAGUCUCUUUUAUGUGCUUUCUGUAGCUAUCUAUAUAUGUUAUGGAAUGAUAGAAUUCUAAAUGAUUUGUAACAGAAGAUUUCUAUGAGAUUAUGGAAGCUAAAUAAAUGUUUCAGGAAACAGGUUCUGCUUUCUGAAUCAGAGAGAUUUGAGAAGAUGAAGUGAUGUUCAGAAUGUCUGCAGCAUAAUUGAUUCUGUUAGGUGGUUAGCAGAGCUGGGAAAAGUGAUUAAUGGAAAGUUGGAAACCAACAAUGCUUUGUUUUUUAGUAUGAAUAAGCAACUUUUUA